AACCAAAAAGUAAGGCUACGCGAGUGGCGAACGGUAGUGAUUGUGAAUAAGGAAAAAAAGCCUGAAAAUAAAAAAGUAAGGCUGCGUGAAAAGUGGAAAAAAAAUUAUUACUGUGCUAACGAGCGGCUGCAACGCACAACGUGGGAUUUAGAAACGUCGAUGGACCUCAGUACCGAUAGAGAAAAGGACAACCCCGGAGCGCAUAAAAACAUCCCAUGGAAAGCUGGAGACCUUUAAUUCGUUUGCCAAACUGCACGGAGGUCAACAACCAACAUAUUCCAACCAUAGAGGAAAUGGAACCAGGAAUAAUAUUUCUAAAUAAAUACAACGGAGAAAUUUCAAUAAACAACGAACCUACAUUUUUAAGCGGGACCUUCAUAAUUUUGUAUACCAACGUAACAAUUGUUAUCGAUGGAAAAAAGUUCUAUAACGAAGAAAGAACAACAAGUAAACCACUACCAGCCAUCCUUCAACCGUCAUCCGCACCACUCAAUAUAGAAGAAUUCCUCUCGCUGAAGAUGCUGAAACAGCUUAACUUCAACAAUACAAAAGAAGUAAGUGUGUUAGAAGCAGCAAACAGAGUAAAAAACGGAACCAGCAUCACGCUAAUCAUCCUGUUAAUAUUCAGCGCCUUAAUUUUCGGGAAGAAACUUCUGAUCAAACAAAAAGAAGAUGAACCCAACAAACUCUCACAACCGGCAAUAGAAGGACUCAACCAAAUUUUCAAUACACCUAAAGAUUCAAACGAGGACGUUUGAAUUUCAAGGGGGACUAGUUAGCACCCCACACAUUCAAAAAAUAUCAUAUGAUGCAUUAAUAUCAUAUGGUGCAAAGUAAUAUAAUAUGACACCACUAAAUCGCUGAGAGCGCGACACGUGUAGUGGCAACCUGUGGGAAGCGCAGCGUCAGCAAACUCCGUACCCGUUGCAGCGGCAAACAUAGGUCUAGAGUUAAGUAUAAUUAAUUGUAAAUGUUAGUUCUUAAGUGGAAUUCAAUAAAGGAGCAUAGCUCCCAAAAAAUAUUUUUUUUAUCAAAAAUAACAAAACGUUUUUUAUCUUACAUACCGACAAUGAGUCAUCAGCCACAAUACAACUUUAAUCAACAAAACACAUACAGAAACAGUCAACAACGAGUCGAACGCAUGGAUGUAGAUUCCUCAAUAAAUUUCAAGCGACCAACGCGACAACAACAACCCCACAUCUCACAACAUAUCACACAAAUGUCGGAACUACCAGGCAACCAGAUGAAUCAGCAACGGCCACACCAUAACCCAUUUGGGAAUGUAGCUAGAGCAGCCUCGACCAGCUCCUACUAUUUUUAGUCUUCGUUUUUUCACACCUACAGUUGAGCGAUCGUUUUUUCACACCAACAUGCUCGAAGCUUCGCAGCAAAUUAGACACUCGCUACGGCAGGAGAAAUUUUAAAAGAAAUGAGUGAACAGAGCUCCUCAAUGAAAAUUAUGCUCAGAAAUAUACGAGUAUAUUGCUA